AUGUCUGAAAAGUCCAGCUUUCUCUCUCCAUCCAUGUCGCCAUCCUCAUCUUCUUCCGGCGGCAAUCCGCCACCGCCCUACGGCUUCCACCACCUUCCCCAUUCUCCCACAGGCUCUCGCACCCCUAGCCGUCCUGGCUCGCCACCACACGGCGGCAGCGUACCCUCUCCAGGCGGCGUACCUGGUACCUUUGUGCUCAACCUUGGCAAGUUUGGCGGCUUCUACAUUAUUCGCAUCCCGCCCUCGGUACAAAAGCUGCUAUCCCUCUUGUUGCGCAAAUGGAAGACGCUCCUCUUUGUCGCUCUCUUUGGUACCCUCACUGCCUUCGGCCUCUUUGGUGCCAUGUCGACUGAAUGGCGCGAAAUGACCUACUAUCGCGUCGACCCGUAUCCGCUCGUACCAGUCGCCCACAAUGCUCGUCCUAGCUCCUCGAGCCCCUUUCACCCAGCUUCACGCCCCAUCACUCCACCCAAAUUUGGCGCCUGUCUCGGCCCCAAAGGCGUUCCCGUCCCGCGAGCUCCUGCCGAGCUCUACGACACCCCCGACACCCACCCCAUCCCGCUCGUUGGCAGCUAUGAGGCCGCUGGCAUGGAUUUCGGCAAGUGCAUGACCUAUCGCUCCAGGUACCAGAUGUACUCGGACGAAGCACUCGGAAUCACCUACCGCAAGGACAUUUCUGAGCUUGAGCUUUACCUCGCCAAGGUCGAGGACUACGACGAUGAUCCGGACAAUGUCAAGCCCAUCAAGUCCAAACCUGCGUCGUCGCUUCUGCUCAACAACUCCGCCACCGCCACCGUUGCCGCCACUACUACCACCACCACCUCGUCCGCAACCAAGGAUGAUGCCUCGUCCAAGCGUCAAAAGGUUGACCCGCUCUACGGCCCACGCAAACCCGACGGCAUGAGCGAGGACGAAUGGGAAGGCCGUCUUCGCGAUCGCCUCUGGCGCGCCAAUGUUCUCAGCGAAGAGCUCGGUCCCACCAGCUACCCGGACUGGCGCGCUCUCAUGGAUGCUUGCUACCAGAAGCGUUUGCACGACCGUGGCAUGGCGGGUGGGGUCGACCACUUUGACCCCCACAACCUGCCCACCGCCGACGAGCCUCACACGAGCGGCAGCCGUCCGCGCGUAUUCACCACCCCGGAAACCAAGCGGACAGCCAUCGUGAUGCGAUCGUACGAAGGGUAUGCAUGGCGAGAGGACGACAUACUCAACCUGCGAGCUCUGAUCAGCGAAGUGUCGCUCAACAACCCAAACACGCCCUACGACGUGCGCAUCCUCAUCGAAGUAAAGUCGCGUCACCUCGCCGUCUUCACUUCCGAGUGGGACCGUCUCAACGUGCUCCGCUCCAGCGUACCCCGCGAGUUCUGGGGUCUCGUUGAGCUCUGGACCGAGGACGAGAUGUGUGCACUCUAUCCCGGUCUACCCGGCAAGUUCCUCAACAAAAUGUUCGCGCAGACCUCCUACCGAUCCUGUCUGAUGGCGUUGCAAAAGUUUUACCUCGACCACCAGGAGUACGACUUUAUGUACAAUUGGGAGAUGGACGUGCGCUACAUUGGAAACUACCUCGACUUUUUCGAGGGCAUCGAAGAUUACGCGCGAAACGAGCCGCUCCACUCUGGCAUGGACAAGUACGACACCUGGCUCGUGCGCAACGUCAGCGUGUCAGAGCAAAAUUGGCGCGACAACGCCAGCAUCGCGAUCGGACGUGGUGAGGAGGCGGACCUGAUCACGCUCGGUCCCAUCUUUGAUCCGCGAGGCUCGGGAUGGUACUGGGAAUACGACGUGCAGAACUACCCGCCAGGCCAGAGCACGGAUCGACGUGCCUCGAUCGGCACCAAUAUGCGCAUGAGCCGUGCUUUGCUCGAGGCCAUGAACGUCGUCAAUGCUGAAGCCAAAAAGUCGUUGCAUUGCGAAGCAUGGCCGACAACGCUGGUUCUGCACUCGCAACUGCCCAUGUCGCACGCACACUCCUUCUACCCCGAGGCUGGUUUCACGCACAACCUGCCCUUGCCUUUCAAGGGCGUCUUUGUGCCACAUCCGGUCUACUUCCGCCACGUAUGGGAGCCAGAGGUGCUGCACAACCGCAUCAAUCGACCCGACUUUUACAAGAAGAUCAACGAGAAGGUGAUGCGCGACAGUUCGUUCUACUACGACGGCAAGCACAGCAAAGAGGUUUAUGUCGGAUGGAAGGAAAAGGAGAAUGUUUGCCGUGCGCCAAUGCUGUUGCAUCCCAUCAAGCGCGUCAACUAG